ACUAGUAGAAGUAGUUUCUCGCUUAACAUGUAGGUUAGGGCCAAAUUGUAACCCCUAGCAACCCCCUUUGUUUAGUAUGAAUUUAAAUACGUGUGUACGAGCCCUUGUUUUGUUUGUAUUUAUCACUUGUAUUCGACUCCAAUGAUGUCCGUACUAACACACUCCCACGCUAGUUUAACUUCCGGGAAAAAUAAAACGCUUUGAAUAUUAACUACAAAUAUGUUCACGAGUCGCAUAUAAAGCAAAUUGAGCCCUAAAAACGUGUAACAAUAAUGAUACCAUUUUUGUAUUCGGGGAUUCCAUGGGGCCGAUCGCUGUAAAUCAUUCCCAUGGGCGGGGUACUAGGUUCGAGCGACAAGGUCGCGCCCUCUGCCAGUGAAGAGUAUUCGAAAUACCGAAGUCGAUCGACGUCGGACGACAAAAUGGAACCGGCACGCACAAAAAAUCGCACAACCACGGACGUGUGCUUCCUUUUGGUUUUCACCACUUUCCUGAUAGGGCUGUUAUGUUUUCUUGGAUAUUGUAUUUUUUACGGAGACAUAAGAAGAAUAGUGAACGGUUACGACAAUUGCGGCCGGAUAUGUGGAAAACAGGAGACGUUAAUGAAUCUCAACAAGUCGCUGGACGAGUGCUACAGAACUACCCCGAACGCGUUGGGCAAGUACCAUUUGAUUUUAAGAAAAGACAAUUCUGCAAAAUUCGACCGGCUGUGCGUCAGCAAUUGCAGCAAUUACGAGGGCUACAAGGCGAUACUCAACAGAUGCCUUCCCUUUCACAACCAAACGACCAUCGGAAAAUUCUUUUCGAAAACCGGUCUGAAAGAUUUCUUCGCAGAAGUGUCGGAAGAUUUUAACCUAUGCUGGAAGGAAUUUUGCCUGAUGUGCGCGAUAUCUUUGGUGUUUUCGUUGGUCAUCCUGGUACUAUUCCGAUAUUUGGUCGGUUAUGUCGUGUGGAUAGUACUGAUCGGGGUCAUGGUAGCUUGCACCUUGGCAACCGUUAUACUAUGGGUGCUUUGGAAGAACGCCGACCCGACCAACAUCAACGUCGAUCCGGACAUAGAGGCUAGAAAAAAAUCGACCUACUUAAUAUUCGCGAUAAUCGCAACGGUCGUCACUGUCGUGGUCCUGUUGGUGAUAAUCGUAAUGAGAAAACGCAUCCAGCUGGUCGUGCAGCUUUUCGAGGAGGCGGGCAAGGCGAUAGCCGCGAUGCCGGGACUUCUUUUCGAGCCUCUUUUGACGUUUGCUUGCCUCGCGAUGGUCAUAUUCCUCUUUUUCUACUUCUGCUUGUGGAUCGAGAGUGCCGGACAUCUGACCGAGAAGAGGGCCAACGUGUUUUCCUACCGCAAAAACGGCUGGAUCAAGUUCACCAGGUGGUACAACUUUUUCGGACUACUCUGGAUGGUACAGUACAUUAUCGGGUGUCAGCACAUGGUCAUUGCCGGUGCCGUUUCCCAGUGGUACUUUACUCGAGAAAAAUCCAGAUUGGACUCUCCGAUAUCCAACAGCAUGUACCUGCUGUCCAGGUACCACUUGGGUUCGGUAGCGAUCGGUUCUUUCCUGAUCGCUUUGGUGCAACUGCUGAGGGCGAUCCUGACAGCCCUAGAGAAGCGGCUGCGCGCUAAAGACAACGACUGCGUCCGAUGCGCGUGGAAGUGUUGUCAGUGUUGCCUGUACUGUUUCGAGAAUUUCUUGAAAUAUUGGACUAGGAACGCUUACAUCGAAAUCGCUAUCUAUGGUCACAACUUCUGCGAAGCGGGCAAGCAAGCUUUCAAACAGCUCGCGUCCAACGCCCUGAGGGUGGUGGCCAUUAAUUCCGUGGGCGAUUUCGUACUGUUCCUCGGCAAAGUUCUGGUUGUGGUGGCGACCGUUCUGAUCGGCAUCGAAAUGCUUAAGGUGAGCGAGCUGCCCUCUGGAAAGCUCUAUGUUUGGUUUUCAUUUUAGGUCAAGGAAGGGUUGCAACAUCUGUGGGUGCCGGUCACUUUGGCCGGCUUGUUCGCGUAUUUCAUUUCGCACUGUUUCAUGACCGUCUACGAGAUGACGAUCGACACUAUAUUUUUGUGCUUCUGCGAGGACUGCGAAAAGAACGAUGGCGGCGCAAACCCCUAUUACAUGUCCAGGGGCCUGAUGGAAUUUGUGGAAAACUCGAAAAAAAUGCUCGAAUUCGAAGCAGCACCGGACAACAAAGAGACCGGAGAGAAAUUGCGUGCGUUCAUUAUGGGCAACUUGACCAGCUCCAUGCAGCCGCAAGAGCUCGCGACCUUUAAGCGGGUCCCGAAGGAAGAGGCUUCGUUGCUCGAGGUCGAUAUCCCAGAGAGACCGGAAAAAAGGCGUCCCACCAACCGCAAAUGGGGCGUCGCUUUGAUAGCGACCGUUGCUGUGCUUCUCCCGUUUUUGGUGUACACGCUAUACUACUCGGACAUUCGCAGAAUCUUCGGAUACGACAAUUGCGGAAACAUCUGCGGCGCCAAUAAUUACCAUUACGAUGGUAUCGAUUGUUCCGGGUUGGAUUUUACCGGCAAACCAUAUUUGCAGUACAACACGAGCUUGAAUGAUGAAGAUUCUGUAAGCGGAGGUACAUGUGUUACAACCUGUGCACAGAAUUACACACCAGUAUUCGGAAUCUGUACGAGGGAAGAAGAAUCGUCCGAAUUCGAGGAGCUAGAAAAGCAAACGGGUAAUGUAGGCGAAUACCUGAAAAGCGUGGUCUGGCAUAUUUUGAUCUCGUGCGCUUUGUCCGUUUUGUUUUCUAUGGGCAUGCUCUUCCUGUUUCGAUACGCGGUCGCCGUUGCCGUAUGGGGCAUAUUGGGAGGCUGUCUUCUGCUUCUCGCCGCUGUGACCACCUUCCUAUGGUAUUCUUAUGCAAGUCUAGAAGUCGGCAGCGGUGUGACCGAGGAAGACAAACGCACCGUGCUUAUUAUUUCCAUUGUCGUUACCUGCCUGACCGUGAUUUUGUUCGCGGUUCUCAUCUGGUGCAGAAAGAAGAUCCAGCUGGUUAUUGCUCUGCUCAAGGAGACGACCAAGGCCGUGUUCGCCAUGCCCGGACUCAUCGCUAUACCUUUGGUCACGGUGAUCGUUUUGGUGCUGCUGACGUUGACGUUUACCAUCCUGACGUUAUUCAUGUCAUCUUCCGGCUACCUGAGUCGAGUAGAUUACGACGUUUAUCGGUAUAAACUGCAUCCCGCCAUGAUCGUGGCGAUCGCUCUAAAUAGCGCCGUUUACAUCUGGUUGACCCAGUUCGUUACGGGCCUGCAGUAUAUGGUAAUAGCCGGCGCUGUCGCCAAGUGGUACUUCACGAGGGAUAAGGCUUUUCUCAGACACCCUAUUUGGACGAGCUUCAAGUGCGCCUUCAAGUACCAUUUAGGCACCGUAGCACUCGGUUCGCUGAUUUUGAGUAUCGUAACCAUCAUUAAGCAAUUAAUUUUAUGGCUAAUCAAAAACGAGAGGAUUAGGGCCGUAGUGAAAAGUCUGGUGGAUCCAAUUGAAGCAUUCUUGAAGUUUCUGUCGAAGAACGCCUAUAUCGUCACAGCGAUGCACGGUCAGCCUUUCGUGAGAUCGGGCAAGAGGGCCGCGAAAUUGAUUCUGUCGAACAUUAGCGACGUGAUUUCGAUCAAUUUCGUCGGGGAUUUUGUCCUGGGCAUGGCCCAACUCCUCGUCGUGAUCGUCACCCUGCAGUGCGUUUCCGGAUUGUUAGCCGUCUGGCCCAGCCCGGUGACUAACGUCAGCGCGAUAUGGGCGUAUCUGAUCGUAGGCCUGGUAUCGGCCGUGGUCGUAAUCGUCACUUUCGGCGUGUUCGAGACAACCAUCGACACUAUCUUCAUAUGCUAUUGCGAGGACGCCCUAAUGAACGACGGCAUGGCCAGACCUUACCACAUGUCGAGAAAUCUCAUGGAAUUUAUAGAAGAUUCCAAACAGGUUUACGGUAAAAAAAAUAAGCAGAAUGUUACGUUUUUGACUUAUCCGCUGAUCAAUUCCAAGGGUCGAAAAAUAUUGGCGGAAGAAUAACUAAAAAAAAAGGACCUAACCUCACUCUGUAUUUAUUAACCCGGUAUCCCAUCCAAGGAAUGAACUUACUUGUACAUAAUUCUAAAAAAUCGAUUUUUUAACCCAAUUUCAUGACGUCGAAAUGCUACCACGUAGAUUUUCAGCUGGCAACAAAGAAACUACUAUAUACCAAAAUUACCAGGUCUUCUCGCCUGAAAUUAGAAGAAGUUGGUCCACCUUUGCAGCAUCUUGAAAAGUGGGUUGACAAAGUGAGUUUAGUUUUGACUAUUCACUAACCUUAAUUGCAAAAUUUCAGGUUUAUAAUGUACAGGGUGGCAGGUUUAAAUAUUCUCGAAAUCGAUGAGUGUCAUAAAAAAAAAAAUACUACAAAAAUAGGUUCUAGUAAAAUGAUCCUUCAAUUGUCACUCAAUUACAUACAGGGUGGUGAAGUAAUAAGACUAAUGCAACUGUCUACUUAUCGGUCUCUAAUGCACCGUUGUGAUCCAAUAUCUUCGGGAUUUAGGUUAAGGCGGACAGGUUUUUGUUACCUUGCAUAUUAACUUUUGAAACCUCUUUAAAAAUAAAAUUCGCCAUUUUAAAUAAUGCCUCCAAAUGUAUUUCAAAUAAUUUCAUAAAAAAUACUAGAAACGCUUUCAGAAUGAAGCCGGAAACUGCAAGAAUAUAUAGGGUGUUUGAUUUUAAAAAAUUGAGAGAAAUAACAAUUUGCGAAACGUCGCGAUACCGCGUAUUCGAUAAAAAUAUUUCAAUUUUCAAUAUUGUCUGAGAAAGGUGAUUAUUCUCGAAGAUAUUUUGGAAAUGUAAUGAACUAUAGGGUGUUGCAUUAAAAAAUAAUACUAUAUUUGACCACCCGGUAUUGAAAUAAUACAAGAAAAUUCAAGAUCUUUUUACUUUUUAUAACAUUCCCAGAGAAGCCCCUCUUAAAUCGGACGUCCUGUACAUUUCUUUUUUGCCGGUCAGUGUAUUAAAAAAAAAACAUGUUUUCGCAUCGUUUUAUGAACAUUUGAAAAUAAAAAGCGUUGAAUAUGGUUAAGAUUGAUGCAGAAAAUUGGGUUUGGUUCCAGAGUAUAUCGGUUGGUUUGUCUUGUUUAUAAAAUAAUGUCAAGAAUGUGAUAUAUUGCGUUAAUAGGAAAUGGAAAUUGCUUUGACUCCAUCCAUGUUGUGAAAAAUGUUUAAUGUUAAUGUUAAAUAAAUGAAUAAUACAAAUAAAUUUUAAAAAACGUUAAAUGGUUAGUUUUUGUUUUGCGGUUGAAAAACUGCCACUUGAAGUUUGCAAGAACACGCGAACAGGCAUAAAUAAAUCGUUGAAACUUCGGAAGUAGCCCCUGUUUUGCAAAAUUUAUCCAUUUGCUAUUUGAUGCACAAAGUGUUCAGUAAACAAUCCUAGAUUUUUGAUAUGCAAUUCCUGUUAUUCCGCAAUCGAUACGAGACAAGAUUUUUGCGACGUAGCCACUUUUAGGAAAUAUGUACAACACGCCUUGUUUUUAAAAGAUCUGGAUGUACAUUUUACAGAGGGAAUUUGUCCACACAGGUGUCGAUUAAUAUUCGAUGGCAGUUAAUAUAAUAUUACUUAUUGAGGGUAUUCUUUUUUAGGGGUCACGUUU